UGAUUUGUGGAUGCAUAGGAUGUAAUGAUGUGGAAAGAAUAUGAUUCUAUUUCUAAUGAAUAUAAGUGUCGAGUGUAUGAGAACGCUCGUACUCUCCUCCCGGUGCUUUCGUCUCUAGAUUGUUACACAGUACAAAACAAAGAAAAAGAAAAAGAAAAAAGAGAGAGAAAGUGAUGAGAGCGGUGAUGAAGGAUGAAACUCAAGCUGUGGUGAAUGAUAAUUCUCACAACGGCAAAUUCUCACAUCUCCUUGCUUCCCAAGAUCGUGAUUAUCUUCUUUCUCCAACUGGGGCUCAGGUGAAGGUCAGUGAUCUUGAAGGGAAAGUAGUGGGUCUAUUAUUCGGUGCGAAUUGGUACCCACCAUGCGGCGUAUUCACCCAAGCCCUAGUUGGAAUCUACGAGGAGUUGAAAAGCCGUUUCCCUCAGUUUGAGAUUGUUUAUGUGUCCUCUGACGAAGACUUGGAUGCUUUCAGUAGCUUCUACGGAAACAUGCCAUGGCUAGCGAUACCGUUCUCUGAUUUGGAAACGAAGAAAUGGUUGACCAGAAAGUAUGAGGUGGAAGCCAUUCCGUGCUUGAUUUUGUUGCAACCAGAGGAUGGUAAAGAUGAGGGAACAGUUCGCGACGGGGUUGAACUUAUUUACCGUUACGGAGCCGAAGCUUACCCGUUCUGUAACGAGAGGUUGGAGCAGCUGCGAAAGGAAGACAAAGUGAAGCGUGAAAACCAGACCCUCCUUAAUUUGCUGUCAAACCAGCAUAGAGACUAUGUUCUGAGUCACACUCACUCUGGCCUUAAACAGGUACCUGUCGCUUCUCUAGUGGGUAAAACAAUUGCACUCUACUUCUCCGCCGAGUGGUGCGUGCCAUGCGCCAAGUUCACUCCCAAAAUGAUUUCCGUUUACGAGAAGAUUAAGCAGGAGCUAGCGGAGAAGGGAGAGGAAGACUUCGAAGUUGUGCUGGUAUCCAGCGACCGUGACAAAGCAUCCUUUGAGUCAUACUACAGCAGCAUGCCUUGGUUAGCUUUGCCUUUCGGUGAUUCCGAGGUGAAGAACCUCGUUCGACACUUCAACGUGCAAGGGAUUCCAUGGUUGGUGAUCGUAGGUCCUGAUGGUAAAACAAUAACAGUGCAUGGUAGGAGCUUGAUAAACUUGUACCAAGAGAACGCGUACCCUUUCACGAACGCCAAAGUGGAGGAACUGGAAAAGAAGCUCGAGGAAGAGGCGAAGGAUCUUCCGGCUCUGGUUUAUCACGAAGGUCAUCGGCAUGACCUGAAUUUGGUUUCUGAUGGGAACGGUGGAGGACCCUUUAUCUGCUGUGUGUGCGAUGAACAAGGGUCUAGUUGGGCCUACCAGUGUCUCCAAUGUGGUUAUGAAGUGCACCCCAAAUGCGUCAGAACAGUCGACCGUCAGAACAGUGUGUUAAUAACUAAUUAACUUCCUGUUCCAAUUAAUUCAAUGUUCUUGUUUGUGGCCAA